CCAUAGCACUGACACUCAUACCAGUAAGAAUUAUUGGAGAGUCUUUCAGAAUUUUACUCAGUGCAGGUUAUAAUCUGAAGACAUGAUCAGCUAUGUUAAUGUUAUUGUCAGAAGAAUUAAAAUUAGGUAAAAUAACAGAAUCGCAAAAGGCUCCUUUGCCUUAUCAGUUGAAGAAUAAUAACAUAUCCCUCGUAUUUUCAGUAAAAUGACAGUAAGAAUGUGAGAUACAGCUCUCUCUAUCUCUCUCUGUGGUCUAUAUAAAUACAUAUCCAAGGUUGUCUAAGUAACAAAAAUAGAUAGAAAACAGAGGCCAGGUUAAUUUUCUUAGUCUUAAUUGUGGUGAUGGAUACCAUAAGGCCGCUGGUGGAUGAAAAGCCGGUGGUUAUUUUUAGCAGGAAUAAUUCAGAUCCUAUUAGCCAUUCCAUGAAGCAGCUGUUUACUAGCUAUGGCGCAAAUCCUGUAGUUUAUGAGCUGAAUCAAUUACCCAAUGGACAAGAAGUUGAAAAUGCCCUUGAUCAGAUUGUGGUGCAGACUCCAAGCGUGCCAGCCAUCUUCAUUGGAGGGGUCUUCAUUGGUGGAGCAAAUGAUGUUAUUGGCCUUCAAAUUCGCGGAGAACUGGUGCAGAAGCUUAUUGAUGCACGAGCCAUAUGGUUUUGGAACAGAAACCAGUAGUUUAUCAUAUCAACAAUCUACUCUAAUUCUGAGCUAUAUUUAUGACAAUAAAAUAUCUUUCUAGUUAA